AAAUGAGCCAGGGUUUUCUGACAUUCUUGUGGAUGAGUUACACCACAUGCCGCUUGUAGAUCGUGUCAAGUUGCUUUCAUGUGGAAUACCGAGCACGAGUAUGCCUGGAAACCCUAAGGAAGAUGAGGUCUCAGCUAUGGAUUUUGGUAAUGAUGUCUUAGAAUCUGUCAAACCAGUUAGUAUCAGUCGGCCUAGGAAGAAGAGAAGAACUGUAACUGAUUCAGUUGAAACUGCAUUGGAAGAAGAUGCUCCUGGUCUUUUGAAGGUUUUGCUUGACAAAGGAGUAUCAGCUGAAGAAAUUAAGCUGUAUGGGGAAGAAGAUACUGAUGAUAUUCUUGAUGAUUCUCUCAAUUUAGAUGGCUUUGCUGAGCUUGAAGCUGUAAUAUCACAGCUGUUUUCACAUCGUCAAACUUUUCUCAAGUAUCCUCUUUUACGCACAAAGGGUGAGAAAAUUAGCUACUGUUUGUCUUGUCUCCUCUCACUUGUGGAGCAGACAAAAUAUAUGCGAAAUAGGAAGUGGCCUGUUGAAUGGGGUUGGUGUCGAGACCUUCAGUCUUUUUUAUUUGUCUUCCAAAGACAUAACAGAAUUGUACUGGAGCGUCCUGAAUAUGGCUAUGCGACAUACUUCUUUGAGCUGCUGAAUUCUGUUCCUGUGGCAUGGCAGGUCAAGCGUUUGGUGACUGCGAUGAGGCUUACAGGCUGUGGCCGGAUCACCCUAAUAGAGGAUAGACCAUUAGUGGUUGGAGAAGACUUGAGCGAAGGGGAAGCACAAGUAUUGGCUGAAUAUGGGUGGACUCCAAAUACCGGUUUGGGAACAAUGCUGAAUUAUUGUGAUAGAGUGGUUCAUGAUCGGAAGCAAGAGUUGGAUAGCUCAGAGUGGAGGAUGAAGAUAGGAAGGCAGCUUAUGAAUGGAUAUAAUGGCGGGAAUAUCGUGGCCAAGAAUCUUCCGAAAAGGCUUAUGGAAUAUCAAGAUUUACAGGACGUGCAAGUGAAGCUGGAAGAGUGAACUGUUUGGAUUUGUACUAGUUCUCACCACCAAUACUCCUUUCCCAGCUUUGUAUUUUGGACUGAUGAAGUUUGGGCUGGACCGAUAUUGGCUUUUGUUGUAAUAUAUAAGGCUUUAAGCCAGUAAUAUAAGUUAGUGUUCUGUGUUAAAAAACAUAUUCUUGUACAGGUAGUAUUAAGCUUGAGGAGAAAAGCCUCUAUAGAAAUAGGGGAUAAUGAAUACAUAAAGAGGGGUCAUAAUGCCCUAUAGUUCUACUUUAGGGUGUGUUCUAUUCACUUGAUUUUUAGAACUUAUCUGAUCUUAUCUGAACUUAU